AUGGACACUCAGGGAUAUACUAAAAUUGCCGCUUUCAUGGCAGAACACCCCGAAGACGUCAUGGUCCGACGUUUUGCAAACCUCAAUCUACAAAACAUUCUCUAUUUACAAGCUGAAAUCGUGGGGCUAGAAAAGGAUCUACGAGCGCUUGAAGCCAAAAACAACAGUUCAGAAGACCGAGAUAGGCGAACAUUUGCCUUGGACUGGUAUACGCUCGCUCACAUGCACAAUGCGCCCGACUCGGGACAGCAAUGGGAAAAGUGGCAGCAGCUCCGCAAGGUACUCAAGGAAUACAAUGAUGCUGUAUUCCAGUACUGCCAGAUUUCAAAGUUUCCUGGUCCUGAGCCACACGAGCUACAUAAAUUCCAGAGCUGGCUGAGAGAGCCAAGACUAGGCGGCGUAUACCUUGUCGGUCGCGAUCAUGAUACCUGGGCACAGGGCGCAGACCUCAUGUCUCUCUCCUCUCCGCUCCACCCCAACCGCAUCUCCAGAUUCAUUACUAACAAGGUCUUGCCUGUAUAUCACCACUUUGUUAAUAGCGCCAUGAUGGAUAGGGUCCGCCAGAGCCUUUCGCGGUCGAAUCGGCCAACACGGCCGAGUCAUGCGGACGCUGAUAUCGUCACAUACGAAGACUCUCGUCUGAUUGCGGUUUCCAAUUUCAUCUGCACUGUCAUUGCCUCUCUGUUGCCCAUUCUUGCAAUCAUCGUUCUAUACUUUGUCGAGAAUAUGGGUAGUCGACUAGGAUUGGUUGGCGUAUUCAGCGUUGUUUUCUCGAGUGCCUUGUGGUUCAUGAAUGAUGGAGAGUUGGUCGAAGUUUUUGGCGCGACUUCAGCGUUUGCCGCCGUCCAAGUUGUGUUCAUCGGUACAAGUUCUACUUAG